ACAGGGACACGUAUUCAUACGUAACCGCACGUAACCUUCGCAACGCUAAUAACAAACAGGAGGAGUAAACAUUGGUUAUGAGAUGAAAUGUUUUGCCGGGUGUAGGCAGUCUUUUACGAACUGAUGUAUCGUGAGUGUCGGUUUAUAGAAGUGUCUCAGUUGAAGUCAAGGAAUUAAUAUUGAAAAUCAAGCACUGUUUUGGAAAGACAAUUAACUCUAUGCCACUAAACCACAAGCAAAACUCACAUUCUGCAAUGACUGUUGUAGCUAACCAACCGAUGAAAGAUAACAGGAAGAGGCUUCAAUCACUUGCCAAUCAAGCGAACACCCAAAAAACUGUUCAGAAGAAGAAAAAUCAUUCUCAGAAGACUAGUAAUGGAAAUUUGAAAAGUGAACAUCCAUAUGCUGAAUCUAUUAUCGUGAGUCAGUCCCAGUUGAAAGAAAUAUUGAAAUCAGUCGGGAAAAUACCUUCUUCUACAGUUGUAACCAAAGAUAACCAGUCGCAAAAUUUACCCCGUAGUACGGAUGAAAUCUCUAAGAAGCCAAGCAAAACUGAUCAACAAAAACAAAGUCACAAUAAAGAAAUGUAUAUUCACCAUGAAGUGCAAGCGAAAUUCAGCCGACCAGACUAUAGUCCAAACAACUUUGCCAAAAGUGAACUAGUCCUAGCAAAACCAAAUAAGGAUCAACAGUCUACACAAUGUGCAGAGAAACCUGUUCUGUUAACACUCGCAGAAAGAAAGAAGCAACAAUGGUUAAAAGAGAAAGCUGAACAAAUAACUCCAUAUGACCCCUGGGGCAGACCUGGUGCCGGAGCUCCAAAAGUUAAUCCAAAAGGUCAAAUUAUAACAUCAUACAAAAAUACUACAGUCCAGAGUAAUGAACUUGAAGAUAACCUAAAUCGAAGAGAGAUGACAUCUGAGAAAAAUGGUCAACAAGCAGGCUUUGAUGAGAAAAUAACUGGAGAAAGAAGUGAAGCUACUACUACUGCCACCACCACCACUACCACUGCUACUAACAAUGAAGGGGUUGCAUCUAAUCCUGGUGAUACUUAUAACAGAAGGAAAAUGUCACAGCAGCCUUUACUUGCUGCCAUGAGAGAUAGUUUGUUUAUUGGACUAACAGAUGGUCAAAAUUAUGAAGAUUACCAAAGAAGAGAGCAACUGUAUUCUCCGGAAGAAUUAGAUCAGAAAAAAGAAGAGAAAAGCCCCAAAAUACUCCAUGAAGCGGGAAAACACCAACAAGCAGAAUCCAGCAGGAUAGAAUCUCCACCCGAGAGCUCAAGAACACACAAGUCUCAUCUGCGAGGGGCCCUUACCAUUCACACGGAUCCAAUCACUCAGCAACAGCUUGAAGAGAAAAAACGCAAAAAUCAAGAGCUGAUGUUGGAACUAAAAGCCCAGAUUGAUGAACAGAAGAAAGCCAAAGAACUACAGUGGAAACAGAAGCAGCUGGAAGAUGCUGAAGCUGAACGAAAGAUGCUGGAAGAGCAGAAGAUAUUACAAAAGCUUCAUGAAACAGAGAUUCAGUUGGAGAAAAAGAAAAAGGAAGCCCAGGAAAUACAUUUCCAGCAACUGGCAGCAAACAUCGAGCUAGCACGAGAGGCAGCUAUUAAAGAGAAAAAACUAAAGAGACUGCAACAUCUUGAGAAAAAUGGACAUGACACAAGGCAGCUGAAGAAGGAUUUUGAGAGAAACUUCAACACUUCGUCAUCCCACUCAAAUUAUGAGAUAGAUCAGUUCGCAUCAGGAACAUCAAUUUCGGAAGACAGGCACACACCUAAGAAAUUACCAAAGUCAACUGCUGAGCAGUUUCCAGAAUCACAAUUUCAAAAAAGUUCUCUAAAUGGUGUUUCUCAAACUGGCAACUUCCUCAUUUCAUCACAAUCAAAUUACGAUUCAAAUGAGUUGCUGUUAGGGACUAUUUCGGAACAUAAGCAGAGCCCCAAGAUAUUAAUGAAAACAAUUUCUGCGCAGCUUCCAGAAACACAAUCUCAAAAGGUUUAUCUGAACUGUGCUGUUCAAACAGAUGGCAUUUAUGGAGGAGACAAGAAGAGUUUGUAUCACUUGAUUGAUGGAGAAAGUGGAUACCUGUAUGAUGAUGAUGAAGAUUAUGAUGAUGAUGAUGAGGUGUUUAUUGCUACUGCUGCUGCUGAUGUUGGUGAGAUAAAGAAGUUUCCCUCUGAGGUAAAGCUUGAUAAUCACAAUGAGAUGACGAGAACAAUCAAACUUACAAAUAAAAGAAGGCAGGGACUCCAAAGUAUCACUGGCUCAAAACUAAUUAAAUCUUCAAAUCAGCUACCCCUUCUUCAAAGAAAGUCAAAGAAAAAUAUCACAAGCAGAAAACUUCAAUCUCCAACUUGGGAAACAGAUGGUUCCAAUGAUCAGCUUGUAGACUACAACACUUCAAACAUUCUUAGACAGUCUUGCAGCGAAUCACACGACCCAGUUACAAUUAAGGCUGGUGACGAAUUUAAUGGACCACCGUCUCCUCGUGUGUCAAGACUAAGAAACAAGCGAACACAGCCACCACCAUCAAGAACAACCAAAACAGAAACAACAACAGCAAAAACUACUACUACAACAAAAAAACCAACAGCAAGAACUAAAUCAACAACAUCACCACUGAAAAGUGUUUUUCAGAAAAAGACACCAGUAAGAUUUUCACGACAUCAUAGUUCCCCUCCUAUGCCAACGUCGAACAGGAAAUUGCAAACUAACAAACAAAAUACCAAAAUGAAUUCAAAUGUUGAAGCCAAUAAAUACAAUUACAAUGAUUAUAAACGGGUACCACAACAGCCACAACCGUUACUGAAGGCAAAGAAAUAUUCAGAUAACUCCCCAUUGCAGGGACCAGUGAAAGAAGGAGAUUUUGUACCUUUCACUCGUACAUCAGAAGUAUUGGACCCAGCCAGUGCUCUUAGCCCAUUGCCCAUAUCCCGUGAGCAAUCGGCUGUAUUGCGUGGUCGAGACAGGUACCGCAAAGGGAACGAUCCAGCAAACUGCGGGAGCCCUGCUUCACAUUUCACUGAUAGCUCCAGUGAUCUUCUUCAAAGAUCUUCAAACAUGCAGGAUUUACAAGACAGGAAGCCUGUUGACCAGCUCUCAUCAACGACUGCUCAAGAAGCCUUUUUGAAAGAACUGUCCGCACUAAGAAAGAAACUGAAGCAAAUGGAAUUAGAAUCAAGUACAGUACUUUUGAAAACAACUUACCAAUCUAGUCUGAAUAAUCGCUAAAUAAUUACUUUGUUCUAGAAACAUAAUGUUCCAAGCAUUAUCACUUAGUCUUGUACAUGUAAACACUACAAAUGUUGUCAUAGCUCUACAUUUGUCGUUGCAGUCUUACAUUUGUCAAUACUAAUGAUGUCAUCAUUGCCUUACAUCUGCCAGCACUAUUGACAUUAAUUAUGUUGACGGCAAGCGUUAACAGAUCUAAGGCUUUGAUGACAGUAUCAUCAAAGCCUUACAUAUGUCAAUACUAUUGACGUCAACAUAAAACUCACACCUGUCUACACUUGAUAUCAUCCUAGUCUUACACCUGUCACUACACUCAUCCAGUGUCAACAAGGGGCCUCUAUUUGGUCAUUUGACUUGCUGAAGAUGGCAGCCAAAUAUCCUUUAGAUCACAUCCCAGUGCCUUUAAAAAGUAGAUACACAUUGGAUAAUGUACUCCUAGGUAUAUUUCUAACAAAAAAAAGAUAGGAUAGUCUAGGCUGGAAGGUAAUCUGGAGUGACCUGGGGUUAAACAGUAACGAGUAUUAUUGCAGCCUUGCAUCAAUUAAACACUAUAAAUGUUAUCAUAACUUUAUAUGUCACUAUUACAGAUGUCAUCAAAGCCUUACACAUGUCUAACAGUUUUACUUCACUGAGAUUAUAAUAGCUUUACAUCUGUUAAUACUUUAGAUGUUAUAGUCUUCCAUUUGUCAAGGCUACAAAUGUCAUCAUCGCCUUGCAUCUAUUCAUAUUACAGAUGUCAUCAUUGCCUUGCAUCUGUUUGUUAACAUUACAUUAUAGAUUCACAUUUGUCAUUACU